AUGAUAAAAAUCUAAAUUAUGCCUCAAGAUAUUCCAAACAUUCCCUCUACUAAAAUUCAAUUUAAUAAAUCAAAGAGUUUCUUCGAAUAAGCAAAAAAAUUUGUGAUUGGUAUUUGUUUAAUAUAUUCUUUAGAUUAAGAUGAUAAAAUUGAUUAAAAUAACCUGGUUUUUUAUUAUAGUGAAAAGUAACGGGUGAUAUAUGAAAAGGAUACUGUAAAUAGGUAAAAUAAACAUAUUUUCAUUAUAGUAUUAUUGGCAAUGAUGAUAAACCUGAAAUAGAAUUAUAUUUAUUUAAGAAUAUCUUAAAUAAUUUACCCAAUAUUAAUAAAUAAAAUAUUUAGGAUAUCAACAAUUAAUCCACAACAAGAGAGUUAGAUGCUAUAGUAAAGGAAUAUGAAGAAAACAUAAAACUAUUAAAUAAGAGAUGCAACAAGCUAAUGUAAGAAAGUGAUGCUGUUAUUGAAGAAAGAAACGACUAUAGAGAGAAAUAUGAAAAAUUAGAAAAAAGUUUAAGGAAUUAUUAAAAUUAGGAGAAAAAUAAAACAUCUGAUAAUAACUAGACAAAUGUAGAAAAUCCAGAAAUUUAUAGAUUGAAAAUAGAAUUGGAGACAUAAAAUAAUGAAUACAGCAACCUUUAAUAAUAAUAUUAAACAAAUUAAAUUUAAUUAGAAAAGACAAGAUAAUAAUUGAUUUCAUAUAAACAAGAUAAAGAGAAAUUAGAUUAAAAGUAUUUAAAUCUUUAAAGCGAAAAUGAAAAUAUUAAAAAAUUGAAAGAUUAAUAGGAUACAAAAAUUAAAAGGUUAUAAGGAGAAAUAGAAGAUUUAUAAAAAUCUAUUAAUUAAUAUAAGGAAACUCUAUAAUAAAAUGAACAAGUAAAAAAAGAUUUUUCGACCACAAAAUAAAAACUAGAUAAUCAAAUAAUUGAGAAUAAAACAAAAGAUUUGAUGAUAUAAGAGAGAAAUAAGAAAAUCUCAUAAUUAGAGGAAAAGGAAAAAAAUCUUGAUUCAGAGAUCAAAAAUUAAAAAAAAGAAUUCUAAGAAUAUUAAUAACAUAAUUAGGAAUUGAAAAAAAAUUCUGAGAUUCUAAAAUAAAAGCUAGAUUAAUAAAAUAAUAGAUUUGAAUUCUUAAAGUAUUUUAGAGAAAAUAAUCCUUUUAAAUAAUUAAAUGAUAAUAUAAUCACUCCUAUCGAUUAAAUGUUUUAGGCUAAAACUAAUCCAUAUGAGUUUACAGAAUAAAAAAAUGUUAAUACAAAUUCUUGUGAUUCUUAAGUUAUUGCUCUUACCAUUAAAUCUAAAGAAGGUAUGUUAAAAUGGUUGCAAUUUAAGUCUAAUGCAACAUUUGACACAUUUCUCUAAAAGGAACCUGCUAAGACUUGGAAAAUCUUAAAAUCUAUUAAUAAUGUAUUGAUAAAAUUUAUUAAUUCAGGUUGGAUAAGGAUCUAAAUCGAAAUGCUUUCUAAUGCAAGUAUAAAGUGAAAAUGAAAGAGUUUAAACUUUUUAAAGCUAAGUUUUUGCUCUAAAAAUGAUUGAAGGUCACGAAGAAAUAAAAAUAGAAAAAUAUGCUUUAUUUUUGAGUUUUUAAAUAUUUGUAGCUCAAGUAUUGGCUGAAAAUUUUUAGGAAUAAAUAAAAAAACUUUUACCUAAAUUUAAAUUCAGAUUUUAGUUUCCACAAAUAUUCAUGAUUGGUGAUAGUAAGUUAUAAAUGAUAUAUAUUAGAUUUCUACAUUGGAUAACGAUUAUUGAAUAGAUCAUAUGUUAGCUUCCAAUAAAAUUUAAAUGAAUCAGAAAUAAAAUUGAUAAAUGCAUUUUCAUAAUUUACAUAUUAAUUUACUUAAGGAGCAUUAAUUGUUACAAAUAUGAAGGGAGGAUAAAUGAAUGGAAAUGAAAUUGUUUUCUAUGAACCUAUAAUCUAUACUCCUGAAGGAAUUUUCAGUCCUGAAGACUAUGGUUAAACAGCAUUUGAUUUUGUUCACUUAUCAUUGAAUAAAGAGAAGCCUCAUUUAAAUGGGUAGGAAUUUUUAAAAAAUUUAAAUUAUGAUUUUUGA